AUGCAUCAUUCACUGAACCCUAUCGAGAAUGCUGUAAUGAGUCGGACCGUGAAAAAUUGCCUACGAAACUUCUCAUCCCACGAGAAGCAGCCGCGUUGGAUCCUUACUUUAAAUAGCUCGUCCCGGAAGGCGCUCUUACCAGCUGUGUAUUUUGACGAUUCCGGUCCACAAGUACCCUAUUUAAUCCUCUGGCCCGGUGGUCAAAUCCCUAUUUGGGACUGGGGGACGCUAGCGGAAUAUAGCGGACGCACACUAGUUCCCAAAUCCACCCCGAUAUCUCUUAUGACGUUUAUUUACGAGAGCGAUCCUAAAUAUUUUGAGGAUCCGCCUCCACCUUCACCGCGCGCCCUUUCGCCAUCUGCCCAUGUAAACGGUGCGCCCGUUCUUUAUGUCAGAAUCGCCGGCCCUGCUACCCUAUUAAUGAAAGAUCAACCUUCCUCAAUGCCGCGGCACCCUCUCACUAUCACCGUCUUAUAUAAUGUAGAGGCAGAUUUACCACAUAGUGGCAGACUAUUAAUAUUCCGUUCAUUCAUCUUCAAGCAACCCGAUGAUCAUAACGAGGGCUACAGACUGUAUAGGGGAGGAAAUAAUAGGUGGACUCCAGGACGCACUAGAGGGGUGAUAGAUUCCGGUAUCUAUUUAAAGGAGCUACGCUUGACUGGUGGAAUUAGGGCAAUUUCGAAGACCAUGAAGACACCGUGGUUUGGGUGCCUAGGUGGCUUCGGGCCAAGGUUCAAGAUCCUAAAUACAAUGAAGGCAGACCCACGGUUGUUAUGCCAGCUAGCAAUGCGGUGGAAUUUACAUUGUUUGAUUGAGACUCUUGUGUAA